GUGGGAGAGCGGGAGGGAGAGAAUCGAGGAGGGUCACAUAACGACCGUGGAGGAUGGGGUGUCCGUAUUCCAGAUACUUCUAGGAUUGGAGACUGUUUGCUGGUGGGGAGGCUCCGGCUCCGGUAGCCAGCUGGGCGGCGGCAAAGUAAAAUGAACAGCGGGGGACAGACGUUCCGGCGGCCACCUCUCUGUCGCCCUGAGAUCUCAGAGCUGCUCUCCGGCCAACUCGCUCCCCAACUAGAGUUCCCGAACGCGCUGGACCCGGGGAGCCCACGGAGCCCCAGAAGCAGUUUCUCCUCCGAGAUGCCUUCGCCUGAGCAGUAAGAACUUCCUGCUUGAGCCCCUGCACCCCCUCCCCCCAAAAUCCCAGGAGAAAGGGGCUGCGACCCCAGGGGGAGGCGCGAGGGGAUUCCUCGCGCAGCUCUUGCUCCAUCCCCCCUCCCCUGCUGGGGGCGCGCAGGCAUGGAUGCGCUCAGCCCCCGACAGGGCAACAACACUACGUCCUCCUCCUCCUCCUCCUCCUUCUCCUCCGAAGGUCCCUUCGGGACAAACGGCAGCACUGCCGGCCUCUCCGACGUGACCUUCAGCUACCAGGUGGUCACCUCGCUGCUGCUGGGCACCCUGAUCUGCAGCGCGGUGCUGGGAAACGCGUGCGUCGUCGCUGCCAUCGCGCUGGAGCGCUCCCUGCAGAACGUGGCCAACUACCUGAUCGGCUCGCUGGCCGUCACCGACCUCAUGGUGUCGGUGCUCGUGCUGCCCAUGGCCGCGUGGAACCAGGUGCUCAACAAGUGGACGCUGGGCCAGGUCACCUGCGACCUGUUCAUCUCCCUCGACGUGCUGUGCUGCACCUCGUCCAUCCUGCACCUGUGCGCCAUCGCGCUGGACCGCUACUGGGCCAUCACCGACCCCAUCGACUACGUGAACAAGAGGACGCCCCGGCGGGCCGCCGCGCUCAUCUCGCUCACCUGGCUCAUCGGCUUCCUCAUCUCCAUCCCGCCCAUGCUGGGCUGGCGCACCCCCGAGGACCGCUCGGACCCGGACGCGUGCACCAUCAGCAAGGACCACGGCUACACCAUCUACUCCACGUUCGGCGCUUUCUACAUCCCGCUGCUCCUCAUGCUGGUGCUCUACGGGCGCAUCUUCCGAGCCGCGCGCUUUCGCAUCCGCAAGACGGUCAAGAAGGUGGAGAAGAAGAAGAAGCAGAGAGCGGACCACCCCCGCUUGGGGGCGUCCCCGGCCCCGCCGCCCCGGAGGAGCGUCAACGGGGAGCCCGAGGGCAGAGGGUGGGGGCAGGGCGCGGGGCAUAAGGCGGGGGGCGUUCAGUGCGCCAACGGGGCGGUGCGGCAGGGCGAGGACGGCGCGGCCCUGGAGGUGAUCGAAGUGCACCUGAUGGGCAACUCCAAAGAGCACCUGCCCUUGCCGAGCGAGGCGGCCUCUGUCCCCUGGGCCCCCAACCCGUUAGAGAAUAAAAAUGAGCGCAACGCCGCCGAGGCCAAGCGCAAGAUGGCCCUGGCUCGCGAGAGGAAGACGGUGAAGACCCUGGGCAUCAUCAUGGGCACCUUCAUCCUCUGCUGGCUGCCCUUCUUCAUCGUGGCCCUGGUCCUGCCCUUCUGCGAGAGCAGCUGCCACAUGCCCCGGCUGCUGGGCGCCAUCAUCAACUGGCUGGGCUACUCCAACUCCCUGCUCAACCCGGUCAUCUACGCCUACUUCAACAAGGACUUCCAGAACGCCUUCAAGAAGAUCGUCAAGUGCAAGUUCUGCCGCGGGUGACGCGGGAGGGGCAGGCCCGCCCCCUCCACGUUGCCUCCCGCUGCCCUCUGGAAGCGACACUUAGGAUAACUUGCUGCUUUUUCUCUGGCUCAGUGGCUCCGCCUGCGGCUUCCAGAUCUCGCCCCCAGUCCCCUUCCCUCACCCCCUCCCUCCCACACACACCUUCU